AUGGCUGAGAGCACACAGACUAAAUGGACACAGGAGGAUAAUGAGGGAAGUGGCAGCACCUGGGGAACCCAGCUGACACAUGAACAUAAUUACGUCACAAGGGGUAUGUAUGGGCCAGAUGAGGGCUGGGCAUCUGCCUACCCACAAUGUGGAGAGAGAAACCAGUCACCAAUCAAUAUUGUGGAUAAGGAUACCAAAAUAUCCAGAGAAUAUCAGGAGCUGACACUGGAGGGUUUUAACAUAGAAUCUUCAAAUAAGACAUCUAUGAAGAACACUGGCAAAACAGUCGCCAUCAUGUUGAAAGAUCAUUACUUUGUUCGGGGAGCAGGUCUACCAGGGAGGUUUAAGGCAGAAAAAGUAGAGUUUCAUUGGGGUACAAGCAAUGGAUCGGAGGGCUCUGAACACAGUAUCAAUGGCCAACGUCAUCCUGUGGAGAUGCAGAUCUACAUGUAUAACUCAGAUGACUUUGAAAGUCUCACUGCAGCACUCAGAGAGAAGAGAAUCAUUGCAGCCAUGGCUGUUUUUUUCCAGGUGGGAGGAAGGGACAAUCCUGCCGUUGACCCCAUAAUCCAUGGCCUAAAGGGUGUGGUCCAUCAUGAAAAGGAGACCUUUCUGGAGCCAUUUGUGCUUAAGGACCUGCUGCCAUCCUCACUGGGAAGUUAUUAUCGUUACACUGGCUCUUUGACCACUCCACCCUGCAGCAAGGUGGUAGAGUGGAUCAUUUUCAGCAGUCCUGUCUACUUCUCUUACAAACAGUUGGAGGCUUUCUACUCCAUCUUCACCACAGAGCAACAAGACCAUGUUAAGUCGGUGGAGUAUCUGCGCAGCAACUUCAGGCCCAUCCAGAGCUUAGAUAACCGGCACGUCUUCAAGUCUGCAGUAAAAGAUGCCUGGUUGCCUGACCUAAAUGACAGCGGCAGCAACCCAUAUGGCACAGAGGCUUCCAAAGUCUGCAGUAGUGCUCCCAUAAACAUGAAGGUGCAGCAUGUCAAUGGCAGUGCUUUGGUGGUGCGUUGGGCUCAUCCGGAGGUCACCUACCACUCACCCAUCCAGCAUUUCCUGGUAUCUUACAGCUGGACGGCCCAUGAUGACAGCUACGAAGAGACCCACCUAACGGAUGCCAAACACAAACUGGAGGCCAUCAUUUCUCCUGUCUCCCCCGAUGUGCUCUACCUCUUUCGAGUCCAGGCUGUCUGCACUAAUGACAUGCGCAGUGACUUCAGUCAGAGUAUGCUUUUUAGAGCGAACACUACCAGGAUCUUUGAAGGGACGAGGAUUGUAAAAACUGGAAUGCCAACACUGUCUCCAGCCUCCUCGGCUGAUAUGGCUCCCAUUUCCUCUGGCUCAUCAACUUGGACUUCAUCUGGUAUCCCCUUCUCAUUUGUCUCUAUGGCAACAGGCAUUGGUCCAUCCUCCAGUGGUAGUCAAGCAACUGUGGCAUCUGUGGUGACCAGCACUUUACUGGCUGGCCUGGGCUUCAGUGGUGGUGUCAUUUCCUCUUUUCCCAGCUACAUUUGGCCAAGCAGAGCACCCAACCACAAUCCCACCUCUCACCACCAGGCUACCAAAGCCAGUGAGCAGAUGAAAGACACGCCUGCUGUUGUCAGUGCAGCAGUUAAGGAUAAUAAUGAAGCUGGGAGUGAGGACAGAGAAAACUGCAAAGGUCAAGGAGAGGACAGAGAGAGGGAAGGCGAGGCUACGGAUGAUGAGAAGGAAGAAGAAGAGAAAAAAGACAAGGAGAGGAAAGGAUCGGGAGGUUUAAGCAGGGCAAAGAGGAAGGAUAGCAACAUAGCAGCAAAGCAUUUAUUUGGUAAGAUGCCUUACUGUGGUGCACGGGAGAAGGAACAGACUGAAAAAGAGCCUACUAAACCACCGCCUGUUCGAAAAGACCAACUAAAAGCAAAUACUUACAAUCCACUUCACUCUUACCCAAGUCUUACCGCAGAAUCAGCCAAUCAAACAGCAGCAGUCCCCAUCCAGGAGGACCUGUCAGUGACACUUAGGCACCGCAUAAUGAGGGAUGAAAAGCACAGGCCUUUCUCCUACCACACCGGGCACAACAUUUGGAAGCACCACUAGGAUAUUUGCCUUGAGGACCACGCCUGAGCUGUAAGAAAAAGCCAGAUGACCCAGGCAUCAGAA